UAUUUUUUCCUAAUAAUGAAUUACAACAAAUCAACAAUACUUUUCCGCGUUAAUCAAGCUUCAUGAAAUAAAACUACAGUAUUCCAACACCUAACUACUCUCUCCCUCUCACACUUCCACUAUUCUUUCCUUCUUCAUUCAAUUCUGUUGUCUCUCUCAUCAGUUUCUUUUUCGUAUGCGAAAAAAAAAAAAUUAAAUUGUUACAGUAACAUGAAAUUGAGAAACGCAGUUUCAUCAGCAACAAUUUAAUUCAGUCGAUGACAUCAAUUAUUGCAGCUAUUCUCAUCUUAUCCAUAUUUCUUCCUUCUUCUUUUGCUUCAGAAAUAUAUGAAGUUCACCACCCUCGCCAAUCUACUGCUCGCACUCUUCUUCAAGCUCAGCAAGGUUGCCCUGUGAAUUUUGAAAACUUGAACUACACAAUCAUAACCAGCAGAUGCAAAGGGCCAAGAUACCCUCCCAAGAUAUGCUGUAAAGCUUUCACAGACCUUGCAUGCCCCUAUUUCGAAGAAUUGAAUGACCAAACCAACAAUUGUGCGACCACCUUGUUCAGCUACAUUAACCUUUACGGCCAUUAUCCCCCUGGUCUUUUCGCCAAUGAGUGCCGUGAUAGCAAGCGAGGUCUCGAGUGCACUGAUUCUCAGUUGGCACCUCAAAACUCACCUACCUCUGCUGCUGCCACUUCAACUAUGAAAGUCUAA